UUCUCCUCUCGCGAGAUUUGCCUGCGACCAUCUUGCUCUUGCUCUUGACCAGUCUCUGGUCGGGGUCAUAGGGACGCUAAGACCGCUUCCUGGACCUUUGCAGACCAUGCUGUCCCGGGUGGUACUUUCUGCCGCGGCCACAGCAGCACCCUGUCUGAAGAACGCAGCGCUCCUCGGACCAGGGGUAUUGCAGGCAACAAGGAUCUUUCACACAGGGCAGCCAAGAUUUGCCCCUCUACCACCUCUUCCAGAACGUGGUGGCAAAGUUCGCCUUGGGCUGAUUCCGGAGGAAUUCUUCCAGUUCCUUUAUCCUAAAACUGGUGUAACAGGACCCUACAUGCUUGGAACUGGACUUAUCUUGUAUUUUCUGUCCAAAGAAAUAUAUGUGAUUAGCCCAGAGACCUUCUCUACCAUAUCUGUAGUAGGUCUGCUUAUCUAUGUAAUAAAAAAAUACGGUGCCUCUUUUGGAGAAUUUAUUGAUAAGCUGAAUGAGGAUCAAAUUGCCCAGCUAGAAGAGGCAAAGCAAGCAUCUAUAAAACAAAUCCAGGAUGCAAUUGAAUUGGAAAAGUCCCAGCAGGCUCUGGUUGAGAAGCGCCACUACCUUUUUGAUGUCCAGAGGAACAACAUUGCGAUGGCCUUGGAAGUUGCUUACCGGGAACGGCUGCACAGAGUAUACAGGGAAGUGAAGAAUCGCCUGGACUAUCAUAUCUCUGUUCAGAACAUGAUGAGUCGCAAGGAAUAAGAGCACAUGAUCAGCUGGGUGGAGAAGCAGGUGGUGCAGAGCAUCUCUGCGCAGCAGGAAAAGGAGACAAUUGCCAAGUGUAUUGCGGAUCUAAAGCUGCUUGCAAAGAAGGCUCAAGCCCAGCCCAUUAUGUAAAUGUGUCCAUCCCAGUUGAGACUGCCAGAAACAGUUAACUAAGUGGAAGCUAGGCUGUGACAGACUUCCCAUACUGUCUUCUGAAAUCACAGUUCACUUUUCCUGAAAAAGAGCUUGGAGUUCAUUUAGUGAGAACUAAAUCUAUUGGCCAGUCAGAUGUUUCUCAUCCUUACUCUGCAUUUGAGUUGUUGAAAAAACACUUUGUUUUUAUUAAAACUUAUUACCUGAGUAAAGAUUA